AUGGCGUGCGCCUUCUCCGCCUCCACCGUGUCCACGGCGGCCGCGCUCGUCGCGUCCCCGAAGCCAGCCGGGGCGCCGCAGUGCCUGUCGUUUCCCCGCGCCAUCGCAGGCGCCGCCGCCAGGCCUUCCCGCCUCGCCGCCGCCAGCUCGAGGACGGCCAGGGCCCGCAGCUUCGUCGCCCGCGCCUCAGCCGUGUUCGACCAGGAGUUCAUCAACGUCAAGCUAUCUGAUUACAUUGGGAAGAAGUAUGUGAUUCUUUUCUUCUACCCUCUGGACUUCACCUUCGUCUGCCCAACUGAGAUUACGGCUUUCAGCGACAGACAUGAGGAGUUCGAGAAGAUAAACACUGAAAUUCUUGGUGUUUCAGUUGAUAGUGUGUUUUCCCAUCUUGCAUGGGUGCAGACAGAGAGGAAAUCUGGUGGACUUGGUGAUCUGAAAUAUCCGCUGGUUUCUGACGUCACCAAAUCAAUCUCAAAGUCUUUUGGUGUAUUGAUCCCUGAUCAGGGAAUUGCUCUGAGAGGAUUAUUCAUCAUUGACAAGGAGGGUGUGAUUCAGCAUUCCACUAUUAACAACCUUGGUAUUGGCCGUAGUGUGGAUGAGACCUUGAGAACCCUUCAGGCUCUGCAAUACGUCCAAGAAAACCCAGACGAGGUCUGCCCGGCGGGAUGGAAACCUGGGGAAAAGUCGAUGAAGCCUGACCCCAAGGGCAGCAAGGAGUACUUCGCUGCUAUCUAG